AACUUGACAGAUUUCCGAAACGUCUAAACAAAAACACACUAGCGAGGAAGUUAUAUGACCAAGUGUUAAUUUUAGUGCGUGUAUCCUUUCGAACAGAGAAUAGAAUAAAAAAUGGCACAAGGCAAAAUGAAGACUAAGGCCAAACUCCCGGCAAAUGUGAAGAAUAAGAAAAAAGGGGCUGCUUUUACACGUCGAUCAAAUGCCCCAAUAAAGCCGAAGAAAGCCAAGUUCCAGGAAGCGCAGAAGAUCAAGCAAGCCAUCACUAAUAUGGUUAACAAGUCGGUGGAAGAUGAAAUCCGAAGCGUUGCCGUAGAUACAAAGGGCAAUUUAAGUAAAGCGCAGGAAGCAGUUGCCCAGCAGAACAAGGCAAAAAGUGACACGGCGAGUACUUGUUCAUCCCUGAAAUAAGUUCAUCAAAGAUUAGAAUUUAAGUGUGUUACUGAUAAGAAUGAUAUCCAAUAAAAAGUGUACAUAAAUGUUUAUAAAAUAAAUGGCAAAGUGCUAGGAAA